CGAAAGUCCUCACGGAGAGAGAGCCUCGACAGAAGACUCGGUUCAGGACGUUACGGCCGAACACCACACCAGCGAUGAUGAGUGUGAGCCCAUAGAAGCGAUAGCGAAGUUCGACUACCUUGGCAGGACUGCACGAGAGCUGUCCUUUAAAAAAGGAGCUUCUCUCUUGCUCUAUCAGCGGGCCUCAGAUGACUGGUGGGAGGGACGCCACAAUGGAAUUGACGGCCUUAUUCCUCAUCAGUACAUCGUCGUUCAAGACACGGAGGAUGGUAUCUCGGAAAGAUCCAGUCCGAAGUCUGAAAUAGAAAUAAAUUCUGAGCCACCGGAAGAAAAAGUGACGGCUCGAGCUGGUGCCGGUUGCCCAAGUGGGGGUCACGUCGCAGAUAUUUACCUUGCAAACAUCAACAAGCAAAGAAAGAAACCAGAGUCAGGCAGCAUCAGAAGAGCCUUCCGUCAAAGUGACAGCCACGGACUAGGUAGUUCAAUGGCAGAACCAGCCUCCCCAGGAGCCAUAGCCAGUUCCAGACCCUCAUCUCAGCCCAUUAUGAGCCAAAGUCUUCCCAAGGAGGUUCCAGAUAAAUGCUCCAUCAGUGGCCACGGCAGCCUCAAUUCUAUCAGCCGGCACUCGUCUCUGAAGAACAGGAUAGACAGCCCGCAGAUCCGGAAAACCGUGACGGCGGGGAGGUCCAAGAGCUUCAACAACCAUCGGCCCAUGGACCCUGAAGUUAUCGCACAGGAUAUCGAAGCUACCAUGAACUCUGCUCUGAACGAGCUGCGGGAGCUGGAGAGGCAGAGCAGCGUCAAGCACACGCCAGAUGUUGUCCUCGACACCCUGGAGCCUUUGAAAACGUCUCCGGUGGUGGCCCCCACCUCGGAACCUUCCAGCCCUCUGCACACCCAGCUCCUCAAGGACACUGAACCGGCUUUCCAGCGCAGCGCCAGCACGGCCGGGGACAUUCCUUGCACCUUCAGGCCGGUGAAGUCGGUCAAAAUGGCCACGCAGGUGAAACCUCCGGCGACGCGGCCAAAGCCGACGGUUUUCCCCAAAACCAACGCCACGAGCCCCGGCGUUGCCUCCUCUGCAUCUCAGCAGCCUGCUGACAAGUCCUGUACUGUCUGA